CUAACUUUUUAUUUCAUAGUAUUAUGUAGUAAAGUUUUGUCUCAUCAUUAUUUCAUUAUAUUUUCCCCAAAUCCCAGAAAAUACAAAUCAUUUAAAUAAAAUAAAAUCAUACUCGUUAUUAUUCAUAAAAUUACAAAAAUUAAUUAAGCUCUGUAUUGUUGACUGAAAAGAACGACGUCGUAUCAGUCAUCUUCUUCCUUUGGCUCUCUUUCUAUCUCUUUCCUACUUCACCUCAGUUUUACGAUUUCAAUUGGAUCUACAUAUAGUCAACCAACACUCUUUCUUCUUCUAUACUACGACGUCGUUUCUUUCCAGUUUUUCUUUUCUUCAAUUCUUCUUCAAAUUCUUGAAUUUUUUGAAUUGAAUCUGAGCUAUGUUUGUAGAUUAAUUAGAUUAUAUGUGAUUAAGAAUGUCGGAAAAUUUUGAUUCUGAGAACAAUCUAGAAUCAUUAGCAGCAGGAGUAGUUAAUGAUGAAGAUGACGAUGUCGGUGUUAAUUCUGAGUCAACUAAUAAUCAGGAAAUGAGCUCAAGGGAAGCUAAUUAUGAUAGUAAUAACAGUAAUGAUGAUGGGGUGAUUGUGAAUGCGGAUAAUAAUGGAAGUGGUGGAGAUUCUGAUGGUGUGGUGGUGUCGGAGGAUGCUGGGAGGGAAGAUAUGUUUCUUGAUGCCCCUGAGGAUUUGGGAGCUGAUGGUAGAGAUUCUUUGACUCAAGAGAGCCCGGAGUGGGAAGAAGACAGAAGUCGUGUGCCCCGGGCUCGGUUUAGUGGGUUGGACAAUGAGAUGCAGAACGAUUACAUGGUGGAUGAAAUGGAGAGGCUACGAGCCAUGCUGGAUAAGACUGUAAAUGAGAAAGAGAGCAUUGUGAGGGAACACAAGGAUGAGAUGGAGAUGGCUGCAAAAGGGAUUGCUAAUCUCCGAGAUCAGAUGAGGGAUUUAAUUAAUAAGCAGUUGUUGCGAAAUGAAAAUCAAUCUGGAUCUCUUGACCAGUUUCAUGCAGAUGUAGAACAGACAACACUGCAUGAAUUGAUACAUGAAUGCUCCAUGUUUGUUAGGAACGUAAUAGAAGAAUUCCAGGAUUUGAAUACAAAAUCCACAGAAGCUUCAGUGUCGCGUGAAGUUGUCAAUUCUUAUAUGAAUUCAGUUCAAAAUGAGUCAGCAGAGGUUCAAUUUCAGAAGGAUCAGUACAUGGAAGAUGCUACAACCAGGAUGCUGAGUUCUUUUGCGUCUAUUGUGUAUGUAGGGGAAUUACUAGAUAACUCUCUUGUAGGGAAGAUAGCUUACAUUGAGAAAAGUGUGUUUUCCUUGAUGGAAAACUAUAACUGGUUCCUUUAUCAAGGUGAUCAGCUAAGGCAGUGUUUGGCGCAGUUGAGGCCUGAACUUGCAGAGCAGACUGAUUUUGGGGUGAUAUACGCUACAGCAAAUGAAGAGUUGCUUGGGUUCAGAAAUAAGGAAGCAGACUUUGUGGAAAAAAUGAGCCAUAUGGAAAGUGAAAACAGUAAGCUGAUGGAGCAACUAGGCGCACACAAGGCAAUGGCUGACACAGCAAAUGCAGAACUUGAGAAAUUGAAAGCUGAACUGGAACAGGAAAAACACAGGUAUUCAAAUACCAAAGAAAAGCUUUCCCUAGCCGUGACUAAGGGGAAGGCAUUGGUUCAGCAGAGAGACUCACUGAAACAAACUAUAGCUGAUAAAUCAAGUGAACUGGAGAAAUGUCUUGUUGAAUUGCAAGAGAAGUCUAGUGCGCUAGAAGCUGCUGAGUUGAUUAAGGAAGAGUUAGUGAAAAGCCAAAUGUCAAGUGCAUCAUUGCAGGAUAUGCUAAUGCAGAAAGAUCUCAUGUUUGAAAAUUUGGAAGAUAUUAUACUUCAGAGUGGUAUUCCAGAGAUAUCAACAUCAAAGGAUGUUACUGAAAGAAUCAGAUGGCUUGUGGAAGAGAGGAAUGCAUUGAAGGAUGAUUCACUGAAGUUUCAUCAACUGGCUGAUGCCUUGUUGUCAAUUGAUCUCCCAGAUAAUAUUUCUUUUUCAGACAUUGAAUCUCGACUUGGCUGGCUUACCAAAUCAUAUGAUCAGGCAAAUACUGAAAUAAGAAAGCUGCAGGAUGAAACUGCAAGAACCAGAGAAUCACUUAUUGAGGCUGAGGCAGAAAUAGGUGCAUUGCAAGUGGAGAAUUCUAGAAUAAGGGACAUGACUUCCAGAGAGAUGGACCACUUAGUUGCUUCACUUUCAACAGUUCUAGUAGAGAAGGAUUAUGUCACUAUGGAAUUGGACGAUAUGAGUCACAGAUUUGAAGCAAUUCUUCAGAGAGAGCAUCAAGCUGUAUUGGAGAAGGAAGACAUGUUAAGGAUUUUGCUGGAGGCUUCUGGAGUCACAGCGGAUGACAGCCAACAUUCAGAGGCAGGUGUGGUUGUAGAGAAAUGCCUUGCAACAAUAAUAGAACGGAGCAGUUCGACUCAUGAAUCAUCAGAGGUCAAAGACGAUUUUCAUCAGAUCUUGCAAAAGCUCGUGUAUGUUAAGGCCCAAGACUUGGCUCUCCAUGAGUAUUUGUUGGAAGAUGAGACCCAAAAUAUGAAAGCGGGGAUGAAUAAGUUGUUUAUUGAUUCAACAAAGGCUUCUGAAGAAAUAGCCACUCUUAAGGAACACAAUGAGAAGCUGCAGAAGGAUCUUGAACGGACUGAGGAGAAAUCGUCUUUAAUACGGGAAAAAUUAUCAAUGGCGGUGAAAAAGGGAAAGGGACUGGUUCAAGAACGAGAGGGUCUGAAGCAACUUAUUGAUGAGAAGAGUUCGGAAAUCGAGAGGUUAAGGCUUGAACUAGAGCAGAAACUUCUGGCAAUUAGUAACUACGAAAAUGAGACUAGUAGGCUAUCUGAACAGGUUCAGGGCAUUGCAAAGUUGGAGGAAGAUCUUCUUGCUCUAAAUGAUCAACGAAGUCUACUAGAAAGGGAUCUAUCAAUGAGCAACAAGUUGUUGAAUUCUCUGACAGAGUCAAUCAGUAGCAUUACACUACCUGCAGAAUCAAGUUUUGAAGAGCCUGUUGAAAAAUUAAAAUGGCUUGCUGGGUACUUAAGUGAGUGCGAAGCUAUCAGAGAACAGGUGCAGCAACAGCUGGAGAAUGCAUUGCAUGAAGUUGAAACUUUGACUACCAAUGUCUCAGAAGCACAUUCAGCUAUCAAGUCGCUUGAAUAUGCACUGGCAAUUGCAGAAGAGAAAAAUUCUCAACUUGCUCAAGAGAAGACAGAGCUCGAAGUUGGCCGGACUAUUGCUCUAGAACAACUGGAAAAAGCAAUGCUGGAGGCACAGUUGUUUGCUGAAGCUGGUGCAGCUAAAACUGCGCUGGAAAAUUCUCUUGCAGUUGCAGAAACCAAUGUCUCCAGGCUUGGCAAGGAAAAGGAAGAAGCUGAAUCUAAUAGAGUUCUUGCAGAGGAAGAAUUAGAUAAAGCAAGAUCUGAAAUUAAUGAUCUCACUAGCAAAUUGUCAAAUGCUACCACAACUGUGAAAACUCUCGAAGAUACAGUCUCAUUUGGAGGCAGAAUUGCUGUGUUAACUGAUGAAAGCAAUGCUGCACAGGUAAUUAGAACUAGCUUAGAAAGAUUGAAGGAGUUGAAAGAAGAAGCUGACAUCUGGGAUAACAAGCUGCAAGAGGCACACUCGAAUGUAAAAUCCCUUGAAGAUGCACUUUCAAAGGCGGAAAAUGAUUUUUCCGAACUGGACAGUGAAAAGAAAGCCGCUGAACAGGAAAUAUCAACAUUAAGUGCCAAACUUAGUACCUGUUUGGAGGAGUUGGAUGGAACUCAUGGUAGCUUAGAAAGCAGGUCCUUGGAGCUCUUUGAUCACCUUAAAGGACUUGAACUGCUUGGGGAAGAUGAGACUUUACUCUCUUCACUGAGAAAAUGUUGCGAGUCAAAAUUUGACAGCCUCAAAGAAAUGGAAGAUUUGUUCAAUAUCAUCAGAGGCCGAUGUGCUAAGCUGAGUCCAGCAAAUGAUCCUGUCUCCAAGGAACCCUCUUGCCUAUCAAAGUUACUUUCAGUCAGCCUUGAUGACAUUGUUGAUUUGAAUAAUGUUAGCAGUCAGGCAGAUGCUGUAGAGGGUAGUGAUAUUUCCUUUUAUGUUCAGAAGAUAGUGGAAAGCUUUCAUAUGAGAAAGAGGACCUUCUCUGAGAAAGUUGAUGGUUUUUCUUCCUUUCUGAGUGAAUGUGAUACUUCUAUUGUGCAAGAAUUACAGUCUACAAGCAAAAUUAUAACAUCUAUGGCUGAGGAGCUGCAAAUUCUGGACCAGAAAGUGAAAAGUACGGAAACAGAUUAUCAAGCUCUGGAGCAUAAGGUGGCCCCUCUGGAAGAUGAUGUUUCACUUUUGCUGUCUGCUUGUACUGAAGCUACACAAAUGUUGCAAUUUGAAGUUGAAAAACAAAUGGCAGAAAUAACCUCAUCUAGUGAUCAUGCAGAAAACGAGCCAAAGUUAAGUGAAAACAAGCAUGUGAAAGCUACUGAGAUGCUGUUAUUGGCUACCAGAAAAGCUUGUGGUGUGUGCAAGCAGUUGGAGAAUUCAAGGAGCGAGUUUCUGACAGAAGUUGAGAAAUUGCAGGAUAACGUGAAUGAACUGAAAAUAGUUGCAGACAAGAGUCUGGAGGAACGGGAUCUAUCCAAUAUGAAGGUCCGUGAAUUGGAGACUGAUCUAGCCGAACUACAAAAUAUAUGCAGCGACCUAAAGCUUAAGCUGAAAAGUAAUCUAGAAAUCGAGGCUAACUUGAGGGAGAAAGAUGUUGAGAUAUCAUCUUUGCAGAGCAUUUUGACAAUGAAAGAGAAAGAGGUGGGAGAGGCACUUUAUUGGGCAUCUCAUGUGGAGAACCUUGUGACCAGAUCAAAUAGGAUAGAUGUAUUAAUGGAAGAUUCUCAAGGUGGGGACUUGGAGCCCAAGGAUUCAUCCCAAAUAAAGAAGCUUCUGUAUGUUGUUGAUACCUUCCCUGAGUUGCAACAUCAAAUUGAAUUGCUUUCCCAGGAAAAAGAAGAACUGCAGACUGCCCUUACAGAUCAACUUCAUGAAUUAGAAUAUCUGAAGGAAAAAAUUCAAGAAAGCAGUGGCCAUGAGCAAGAAUUGGCGCUGGUUAGGAGCAAAGUUAUCAACAUGGAGUCUGGGCUUGACAGAAUUAUUCAGAAGUUUGCCGGUAGAGAUAUAAUUGUGGACCAAGCACCUGUUUCUACAGAUGACAUUUUACAGGUAAUUGAAGAGAAAGUAGUGACGGCAGUCUCCAAUUCUGAAAAUUUGAAAUCCAAGGUCCAUGAACUUGAAUUUGAGGUUAAAAAGAGCAUCAAUUCUGAGCAAGAAUUAACAAAGCUUAAAGAGCAAAUAUUUGAUCUGGAGGCAGGUGUGCAAAGAAUUAUCAAGAAUUUGGGAGGUGAUGAAAUUGAGAGCUUGAAGCCUCUUGCUACAAGUGAUCUUAUACAGGUUCUGGAGAAAAUGGUAAUGGCGGUAACUUUGGAAUGUGAAAAAUUGAAAGCUAAAGACCUUGAAUUUGGUACAGAAAUCUGGAAGCACACUGAUGAGCUAGAGUUGGCCAAGGUCAAGAGUCAAUUAGUUGAUCUUGAAUCAGGUCUGCAGAGGACCAUCCAGAAAAUUAGAGGUGAUGCAAUUGGAGACCAGGGGAAAAUCCCUGCAAAGGAUCUUUUACAAUUGUUAGAAAAGAUGGUAAUGGCUUUAAUUACGGAGUCUGAAAAUUCAAAAUCUGAAGUCCAUGAACUUGAUUCAAAGUUGUAUGGAAGUCAAAAGGAUGUGGAUGAAUUAUCAUUGAGGGUGAAAGAACUUGAAGAUUCACUUCAAUCUAGGGUUGUCUCCCCUGAUACAAUCCAGGAAACGAGCCUUCUUGAAGCAACUACACAACCCUCAGCAUCUGAGAUUUCUGAAAUUGAAGAUGUGGGUUCCGUAUCAAAAGCUACAAUUUCUCCUGUUCCAUCUUCUACUCAUGUAAGAACGUUGCGGAAGGGGUCAAGUGAUCAUAUUGCUGUAAAUAUUGAUUCAGAAUCAAGUCGGCUGUUGGAUAAUGAACCAGUCGAGGAUAAAGGACAUUUCUUCAAGUCUCUCAAUACAUCAGGUCUUGUUCCUAUACAAGGAAAGAUGUUAGCUGAUAGGAUUGAUGGAAUAUGGGUAUCUGGUGAUCGAUUGUUAAGGAGUCGGCCACGAGCUCGUCUUGGGUUUAUUGCAUAUUGGCUCUUCUUGCACAUAUGGUUACUGGGAACCAUCUUGUAAAGAAGUUUGGCUGUACUGUAGGGAUAGAUUUCUAGGCCACACGUAACAGCAACACUAUUGAUACUUUAGAUUUGUAUUAGAUAAUAGAUAUAGACAUAUAGUGUUAUCUGCUAAAUUAAUUUUUUUUGAUGUUAAUAGUAAUAAAAUUAUUCAUUUAUUCA